UGCUCAUGUGACCGCGCUCCUACGGGCGGGGGCCCUCAGCCAAGAUGGCGGCCUACUUGCAGUGGCGGCGCUUCGUUUUCUUCGACAAGGAGCUAGUGAAGGAGCCUUUGGGCAAUGAUGGCACCACUCCCGGGGCUGCGCCUCCUUCCGGACCCACUACCUCCAAGUUCCUGUGUCUCCCUCCUGGCAUUUCUGUCUGUGAUUCAGGCCGAGGGAGCCUGGUCUUUGGCGAUAUGGAAGGCCAGAUCUGGUUUUUGCCUCGCUCCUUACAGCUCUCUAGUUUCCAGGCCUACAAACUACGAGUGACACACCUAUACCAACUGAAGCAGCACAAUAUUCUGGCAUCUGUUGGUGAGGAUGAACAGGGUAUCAACCCAUUGGUAAAGAUCUGGAAUCUGGAGAAGAGAGAUGGUGGCAAUCCACUUUGCACUCGAAUCUUUCCUGCCAUCCCAGGAACAGAGCCUACUGUCGUGUCUUGUUUGACUGUUCAUGAAAAUCUCAACUUCAUGGCCAUUGGUUUCACAGAUGGCAGUGUUACAUUAAACAAAGGAGACAUCACUAGGGACCGGCAUAGUAAAUCCCAGAUUUUGCACAAGGGCAACUAUCCUGUUACUGGACUGGCUUUUCGCCAAGCAGGAAAGACCACUCACUUGUUUGUUGUGACUACUGAGAAUGUUCAGUCCUAUAUAGUUUCAGGAAAGGACUACCCUCGUGUGGAGUUGGAUACCCAUGGUUGUGGUCUUCGCUGCUCAGCCCUAAGUGACCCUUCUCAGGACUUGCAGUUCAUUGUGGCUGGGGAUGAGUGUGUCUACUUGUACCAGCCUGAUGAACGUGGACCCUGCUUUGCCUUUGAGGGCCAUAAGCUCAUUGCUCACUGGUUUAGAGGCUACCUUGUCAUUGUCUCUCGUGACCGGAAGGUUUCUCCCAAGUCAGAGUUUACCAGCAGGGACUCACAGAACUCUGACAAGCAGAUUCUCAACAUCUAUGACCUGUGCAACAAAUUCAUAGCCUACAGUGCUGUCUUUGAGGAUGUAGUGGAUGUGCUUGCCGAGUGGGGCUCCCUGUACGUGCUGACGCGGGAUGGGCGGGUCCACGCACUGCAGGAGAAGGACACACAGACCAAACUGGAGAUGCUGUUUAAGAAGAACUUAUUUGAGAUGGCCAUUAACCUGGCUAAGAGCCAUCACCUAGACAGUGAUGGGUUGGCCCAGAUCUUCAUGCAGUAUGGGGACCAUCUCUACAGCAAAGGCAACCAUGAUGGAGCUGUCCAGCAGUAUAUCCGAACCAUUGGAAAACUGGAGCCGUCCUAUGUGAUCCGAAAGUUUCUAGAUGCUCAGCGCAUCCACAACCUGACCGCCUACCUGCAGACUCUGCACCGGCAGUCCCUGGCCAAUGCUGACCACACUACCCUGCUGCUCAACUGCUACACUAAGCUCAAGGACAGCUCGAAACUGGAGGAAUUCAUCAAGACAAAGAGUGAAAGUGAAGUCCACUUUGAUGUGGAGACAGCCAUCAAGGUCCUCCGGCAGGCUGGCUACUACUCCCAUGCUCUCUAUUUGGCUGAGAACCAUGCACAUCAUGAGUGGUACUUGAAGAUCCAGCUAGAAGACAUCAAGAAUUAUCAAGAAGCCCUCCGGUAUAUUGGCAAGCUGCCUUUUGAGCAAGCAGAGAGCAAUAUGAAGCGCUAUGGCAAGAUUCUUAUGCACCAUAUACCAGAACAGACGACCCAGUUGCUGAAGGGACUCUGUACUGACUAUCGACCCAGCCUUGAAGGCCGAGGUGAUAGGGAUACCCCAGGCUGCAGGGCCAACUCAGAGGAGUUCAUCCCCAUCUUUGCCAACAAUCCACGGGAACUGAAAGCCUUCCUAGAGCACAUGAGUGAUGAGCAGCCUGACUCACCACAGGGCAUCUAUGACACACUUCUGGAACUUCGACUGCAGAACUGGGCUCAUGAGAAAGAUCCACAGGUCAAAGAGAAACUUCAUGCAGAAGCCAUCUCCCUGCUAAAGAGUGGCCGCUUCUGCAAUGUCUUUGACAAGGCCCUGGUCCUCUGCCAGAUGCACGACUUCCAGGACGGUGUCCUUUAUCUCUAUGAACAGGGAAAGCUAUUCCAGCAGAUCAUGCACUACCACAUGCAGCACGAGCAGUACCGGCAAGUGAUUGCAGUGUGCGAACGCCACGGGGAACAGGAGCCCUCUCUAUGGGAGCAGGCUCUCAGCUACUUUGCCCGCAAGGAGGAGGACUGCAAGGAGUAUGUGGCAGCUGUGCUCAAGCAUAUUGAGAACAAGAACCUCAUGCCACCCCUUCUAGUGGUACAAACCCUGGCCCACAACUCCACAGCCACCCUCUCUGUCAUCCGGGACUACCUGAUCCAAAAACUGCAGAAGCAAAGUCAGCAGAUUUCACAGGAUGAGCUCCGGGUAAGGCGGUACCGAGAGGAGACCACCCGCAUCCGUCAAGAGAUCCAGGAGCUCAAGGAGAGUCCCAAGAUUUUCCAGAAGACCAAGUGCAGCAUCUGUAACAGUGCCUUGGAGUUGCCCUCUGUCCACUUCCUCUGCGGCCACUCCUUCCACCAACAUUGCUUUGAGAGCUACUCAGAAAGUGAUGCCGACUGCCCCACCUGCCUCCCUGAAAACCGUAAGGUCAUGGAUAUGAUUCGGGCCCAAGAGCAGAAACAAGAUCUCCAUGAUCAGUUCCAGCACCAGCUCAAGUGCUCCAAUGACACCUUCUCAGUGAUUGCUGACUACUUUGGCCGGGGUGUUUUCAACAAAUUGACUCUGCUGACUGAUCCUCCAGCAGCCAGACUAACUGCAAACCUGGAGACUGGGCUGCAGCGGGACUUGCUCAUGCAUUCCCGGAGGGGCACUUAAGCAACCUGUGAGAAGGGUUGUGCUAAUAGAAGUCCAGCAGUAGAGACACAGGUGGACAGAAGCGAGGCUGUCCUGAAGGAAUCAGGCCAACAUGCCUAAGACUCCCUCUUACCUGAUGCCAUAAUCCUAAAGACUAAAGGGGACUUCUUUUCCUGCCUCUGAAUAGUCUGCUGUUCGUCCUGUUGACUUUUUGAGCAGUGUAGGUCAUUUCAGACCAGUGGGGGAGGGCACUUCCACAACCCCUGAAUGUGGACAAUAACUGCUUUAUUCUCCCACCAAGAGCACCAGGCUGUGCUUUGACCCUUGCUCCCAGAGUCUAUAAAUAAAAGAAUAUAGUGA